ACGGCCCUGCGGAUAUGUUCUAACAUCCAACAUGGCUACCUGAUAUGUAGCAGACGAUAUAGGUGCCAUGAAAAAUUGUAAAUAAAAUUCAUUUUUAGCUUUAAUUAUGAGUGGACGUGUACAAAAGGAAUGUGAUGAUGAUUCUGAUCGUGUUGACGAUGCGGUGGAUCCUAGAGUACAGAUUGAACUUGAAAGAUUGAACACAGCUACUGAUGAUAUCAAUAAACUUGAAGUCGAUUUGGAUGAAGCAAGGGCCACAUUCAGGGAGUUAUUGUGUGAAUCUACUAUUAAAAUUGAUUCUCUGGCUAAGAAACUUGGAGCCUGUAUUGAAAAAUCUAGACCUUAUUAUGAUGCUAGAUUUAAAGCAAAAGAAGCUUUACAAGAGACACAAAAGGCUGCAAUUAGAUUUGAAAGAGCCAAUAGUCAACAUGCAGCUGCCAAAGAGAUGGUAUAUUUAGCCGAAGAGGGAUUAAGAACAGAAGGGAGAUGUUUUGAUCAUGCGUGGCAGGAAAUGUUAAAUCAUGCAACAGCUAGAGUUAAUGAGUCAGAACAUGAACGAGCUCUUUCUGAGGCAGAACAUAGGCAUACGACUGCGUUGUACCAUAAAGCAGAACAUGAAGUCCAAAGAUUACAACGAGAAUUGAAACGUGCUAUUGCCAAGUCAAGUAUGGGUGCACGUCGCAGCUUGCUUCUGAUAAACAGUAUCGCCUACAGGCACAACUUGCUCAUGUUGCCUUAUUAUGAAAUGAAAGCACAUUUCAAUCAAAUGUUGGAAGAACAAAAGAUGAAAGUUAGUGUAUUGGAGAGGUCAGUUGGUGAUGCUAAAAUGACAUAUGCAGAAGCUUUGAGAAAUUUGGAGCGUAUUAGUGAUGAGAUACAUAGAACAAGGCAAUGUGAUACUGCAGAUGAUUAUGGAAAACAUAUAAGAGAUGGUACAGAUCCUUCUUCUAUACAGACAAAUACAGCUACUCCAACUGACUCAAGUGUAACCGGUUCACCAGAUAGUACAGAUUAUACUAGUGAUGAAUAUUUACGUCUCCCUGAUAGAAUGAGUCCAAGUACUCCUUGUCUUGUGCCUACCAAAAUUGAGAGGAAUCCAUCUUCUGAAUAUUUGGGCCUAAAUAAUAUGAAUCUUUCAACUACAGAACCUCGAAAAUAUAUAAAGCGAGACCGUCCGCGAAGCAUCGCCACAACUGACACGAAACAUAUCGUACAAUUAAAUCAUACAAGUUCUUCUACAUCUCGUUUAUCUGAUCUUUCUAGCAUUAUAUCUCCUAUUGAAAAGAAGGUUAAGAUUCAAUCACCUGUGCGCGAUGAGAAAAAUAAUUCUGUAACACAGAAUGGCGAAGAAUGGACAGAAAUUAGUUUAAACAAUUCUCCAGAUGAAAUUUAUUACAACAACGACAUCUAUUCCGAUGAAGAAGAUCAAAUUCCUUAUAAACCUUUACCAAUGGAUUUGAGCCCUGAAAAUAUCAAGCUUCCAAUUCUUCCAGUGAAUAUUCAAGCAUUACAUAAUGAUCAAAAUAAUCGGAAACGAUUAGUUUCACAGAAAUCAUUACCUUCGAUGACGCGAACGAAUGAAGUUAGUUUAAGUGAAGAAAAGAGGGCAGAGGUCACACGAAGUCCAUCAAUAAGAAGUAAGGGUAAACUGGAUAGUAGUUUGUCUAAUUGGAUUACUCGAAGUUCUGCUGCCAAUGAAAUGAGUGAUGGUAGUUCUGCUAAUUCAAGCAGAAGGCAAUCUUUAGAUAUGUUAUGGGGUGGAGGAACAGGAGAACGAGUCAAAGAAUUGUUAAAUCAUGGAAUGAUGAUGCUAAACAUAUCUGGUCUAACAGAACGGCGUUCUAGUGAACCAAAAACAAGUGAAAGAGAUAAGGAAAAAUUUGAAAAAUCAGAAUCGAAAGGAAAGAAGGUUCCAAGUCCUCUAGAAAAAACUAUGACUUAUCUCAAUGCAGAUGAAGAAACUUCAGACAGUGAAAGCUUAGCCAGUGUGGAAAUGUUAACAGAAGAUCAAAUAUCAUCUCUUAUGAUGGAACCUGAUAUGAAUCAAGUUUGUCAAGAGAUUCUAGGUACACCAUUAGUAGAAGUCUGUCCUUUAUUACAACAGCUUCAGCAACAACAAGUGAAAAAGAGAGAGAGAGAGAGAGAAAGAAAGAGCAAUAGAGUAAGAGAAGGAAAGAGAGAAAGACAGAGAAACGGUAGGACAGUGAAAUCAAGAUGGCGUCGCGUGUAUGGUGCCGAUGAUCGCAGUGCUCGUACGUUGAUAGAGAUUACAAUCAUUUUAGACGUACUAUUGGGCGCCAUGUCGGGAAAUCCGCGGGACAUGGACGAUUUUAUGCCGUUAUUGUCCACGACGGAUAUAAAGAAAAAACUUUCGGUCGGUGAUUUGAUACUGAACUACCUGGGUGACCCGGAUAAAAGCAUCGAAUGUGAAGACAUCGGACUCUUCAUCGACAACGUGAUACCAUGGCUAACCAACGGCAAUCCGAAGGUCGUUCAAAAUGGAUUGGAGAUCCUUACGUACCUCGCCGAUCGGAUGGGUCAUGAUUUCAAGCCUUAUAUUCUUACUGUAAUACAGCCAAUGAUAGAUAGGCUAGGUGAUAGCAAGGAUGCGACCAGAGAAAAGGCACAUUUGGUCCUUCUUAAAAUCCUGGAGAAAGGUUGUUUGACACCCCAACAAUUAUUGGACAAAUUUCGUCCCGCUUUCACCCAUAAAAAUGCAAAAUUAAGAGAGGAAGCACUGGUCUUGUUAACGACGACAUUAAACGAGCAUGGCGCAGACGAGAUGGCUCUAUCCGGUGUUAUUCCCAAUAUCGUCAAAUUACUCUCGGAUCCGUCCGAAAAAGUUCGUGAAACUGCUUUGAACACGUUAACGGACAUGUACAGGCAUGUUGGCGAGAGAUUGCGCGUCGACUUGCAGAGGAAGCACAAUGUCCCGCAAGCAAAGCUACUAUUGUUGAUCAAAAAGUUCGAUCAAUUGAAAGCAUCUGGCGAUUUGUUACCUCUCGCAAUGUCAUCCGAUGUUGGUAAAGAUACAGAUGAGCCUGACAGAGCAAUUAAGUCAGCACCUUCGAAAAGAACUAAUGUACCUCUAAAAAGAAGCCAAUUUGGUCCAGCAAAGACACCAAGUUCUGCGCUAGCUACGCCUGGUAACAUACAUGCAACGGUCCCACGAGCAGCAACCGUCAGUAGGUCUGUGUCACUAAGAUCAACAUCAGGUCAAGCUGGUGCUGUUGAUGAAGAAACAUUCUUAACAUCGUUUGAGGAUGUAUCAUCUGUUAAUUUGUUCUCUGCAAAGGAUUUGGAAGAACAAAUGAAAAUUAUAAGAGAUACAAUUGGAGAUGACAAGAAAGACUGGAAACAAAGAACAGAAAGCCUGAAAAAACUUAGAGCAAUUGUUCUUGCUGGUGGUAUGAACUAUGAGAAUUUUCUGGAUUGUUUGAAAAGUAUACAACGACCGUUUGAAGUAGCAUGUACAGAUCUUAGGUCACAGGUUGUACGAGAAGCUUGUAUUACUUUGGCAUUUCUGAGUCAGCAUUUAAAGAUCAAGUUUGCCAGUUUCGGAGAAGCAGUUCUUUUGACUCUAAUGAACCUCAUACAGAAUAGUGCCAAGGUCGUGGCAACAGCAGGGGCUGUGGCUGUUAGAUUUAUCCUUCAACAUACACAUUGCAGUAGAUUCGUCCCGAUUAUUACAUCUUCGCUAAAUAGCAAAAGUAAAGACAUUCGUCGUGCUUCGUGUGAAUAUCUAAACUCGAUUUUACAAACGUGGUCCACCCAAAUAUUGCAAAAGCACGUAACGAUAUUGCAAGAUGCUAUUAAAAAAGGAAUUGCCGAUUCUGAUUCAGAGGCAAGAGCAUUCGCCCGAAAAUCAUAUUGGGCCUUCAAAGAUCACUUUCCGGAACAAGCAGAAGUACUUCUCAACAGUCUUGAUGCAACCUAUAAGCGUUCACUGAUGUCUCUUAGUAAUAGUGGAAGCAUCAACAGUUUAAAUGUAGUAACACGAUCAACGAGCGUUAGUCCAAGAGCAUCAAGACCUGCAUUAAGUGCCACAGGUAGUACGGAAAACUUGCAUCAGGCACCAGGCCCACCUCAUGGUCCGCUCAGACGUACUCCGUCGUUACCUCGUUCAUAUCGUCAGUCUGGCAUCCCAAUUCUACAAAGACCCACAGAUAAUCAUUAUCGAGUCACGCCAGGUGUUAGAUCUACUAGUGCGAUAGAUUUACAAGCUGCCCAAAGAGCCAAAGCAAGGAUGACAUAUGCAAAUAUGAGUAGAUACAAAGCUACACUUCAUAAUGAUCAUAGUCAUCAGGGUAAACAAGCAAGACAUAGUAAAUCGCCUGAUACCGCUGCAGUUGCCAGUCCUGAACGGACAGCUAGAACAAGAACAAGGGUAGCGGGGGUUUCACAAUCGCAACCCAGCAGCAGAUCGGGUUCACCGUCAUCGAGAUUGAGUUAUACAACAUAUAAUCGUGAAGGAGAAUCAUUAAUAGCGAGACCAAGGAAAUUAUCUGGACAUGGAAUUCGAAGUACUGGCAAUAGUCGUGAACCUAGUCCACAGAGAUUUGGAAUGGACAGAAGUUUUGGAUGUAAAAUGCGAGGAAGGAGUUUACAUAUGUCACCAACAGAUAGGCCUCAGUCUAGACCAGUUAUGGCACAGAAGAUGUUACAGCAAUCUCGUGAAGCUGAGUCUGCUUUGGCAGAUGCGCUUACCUUCGAUAGCAUUGACAGUUGUUACAAUAGAGCUACAAGAGUUAAAGGCGAACACAGCGAUGACAGCGAAACUAGCAGUAUAUGCUCAGAACGCAGCAUGGACAGUUUCAGGCGACCUAGUGAUUCGUUCUCAUGGAGUGGCUCCCAGCAAAGACUGUACCGUGAUAUCUGGGAUCAGUCUAUCCCAAAGGAUAUUAAAGAAAUAAUUGAAAAUUGUGCUCACAAACAUUGGGGUGACAGGAAGGAAGGUUUAGUUGGAUUACAACACUUCCUUGCAAAUGGGAAUACAUUGACUGCAACCGAAUUGCGCAAAGUUACGGAUAUAUUUACUAAAAUGUUCAUGGAUUCGCAUACAAAAGUGUUUAGCUUAUUUCUGGAUACUUUAAAUGAACUUAUUACAACUCACAAUGAAGAUCUUAGCGAUUGGCUAUACGUUUUAUGUGCGAGACUUUUAAACAAAUUGGGUACAGAUCUAUUAGGAUCCAUCCAAGCUAAAAUUCAUCGAACGUUAGAUGUUGUAAGAGAAUCCUUUCCCGGUGAACAAUUAUUGCCAGCUGUGAUGAGAUAUUUAACCGAUCCGACGCAAACACCAAAUUCUCGUGUAAAAAUUGCAACCCUUACUUUUAUUACACAAAUAGCAGAGACUGCGGAGCCCUCUGCGUUAAACAAUUCUGCUGGAACAGCACUAGCUAGAUUGCUUGACUGGACGAGCGAUGUCAAAAGUCAAGAUGUUAGAAGGCACGCACAGGAAGCAUUUAUAGCGCUUUACAAUUUAAAUCCCCCACAAGUGACAAUGAUAUUAGCGGAAUUACCGAAAUAUUAUCAAGAAGCUGCAUUACCCUUAGUCCAAAAUCAUUUAAGAAGGUCAUCGGGAUCGAGUAAUCCAGCUUCUCCUGGUACACCACCACCACGAGCACAACACUCUCCUGCACGUAAUAAGAAGAACGACGUUGAUACGGCUGAUGACAAUUUGGAAGAAGUUUAUAAAACCUCUUCCUACAGAUCAUUACGACGUACAACGGCGGAGAUUCAAAAUUAUGGAUUUGAGCGUUUAGAAAGAGCUACAACUAGCAAAGACAGUGGUAUUAGUAAUAUGGCUGAUUUAGAAGAAAGAAUAGAAGGUCUAACGUUAUCUAAUUCGGGAAGGUCUUCUUCUGUAUCAUCACCAACGCAAAGAGGACGAUCGGUUACGAAUAUAACAGUAAAUGGUUCUAGUGAUACAAUUGCCGGAGAUCUUAUAUUACCUCAAGAAAAUAAUGGUUAUAAAACUCAUGGAUCAUCCCCCGACUCAACCAAGAGACCAGAAGUAUUAGAUAAUAUGAUUAAGACGUUACAAUCAAAAUUGACGCAAACUUCAGAAAAGGUAGCAGCUUUGCAGGAGUUUCAGUUAUACGUUAGAGAAGGAGAUGCCACAUAUGUCAAACAAAAUUUCAAAAAACUUCUCAAGACAUUAUUAGAUAGGGUAAAUAGCGAUAGUCAACAGUUACAAAUAGAAGUACUUCAGACGUUAAUUGAUAUGCUCAAAUGUCCAGAACUUUUGGAAAGUUUUUCUGUUUUUCCUGAAUUGUUAGUAUUGAAAGUGAUUACUGCCCAUAAGUUUGAUGAUCAGAAAGCCGAUGGUAGUUCCAGCGGGGAGAGUGUUAGAGCGCCGGUAAGGAUGUCAGAGGCACAGGUUCUUCGGACAGCGGAGAAGUGUGCCGCGACAAUUGCCACGGUUCUUAGACCGGAACAAAUUAUUCUCGUUGUAUCAACUAUAAUAACAACCGAACCAUAUCCCUUAAAUAUGGGUGCGAUUAAAAUGCUUCACAAAAUAGUCGAACAUUGGGGACGCGAAGCUAUAGAACCUCAUCUAUCGAAAAUUAUGCCAGGACUUAUUAAGGCAUACGACGAUGUCGAAAGUACGGUUCGUAAAAGUGCAGUUUUUUGUAUGGUUGCAAUACAUGCAGCAGUUGGCGAAGAAGUCUUAAAACCUCAUUUGAGUUCUCUAUAUGCAAGUAAAUUAAAGCUUUUGUAUAUUUACAUACAACGUGCACAGCAAACGAACAGUCAACCGGCAAGUCCACGUAGCAACAGCAAGAAUUAACUAACAACUAAUUCUGCGACAUUAAGAAUCGCAAUACUAAGAAGAUUCGCGCGUCUAAGUGCAAGACACGAACGAAUGUUGGUUAGCUUUCUCAGCAAAUCGAGUCCGUGAACGUUGAGAAAGAAGAAUCGUCGUCGGUACGAGUACGUUGUGCCUCCUGACAGUGAUGUUACACGCGAGGGCGAAUGAUUACUACAUAUGAUUUCGAAAAUGAAAAAAAAAAGAAGAGGGGGAAAAAAUCACGCGUUAUUUUCAUACGCACCGAUAUGCGUUAAAUUCGAUCGAACACAUUAGGCAAAUCGUUAAUAAUUAAUAUUUUUCUUUUUCCAAAGAAGAUACACGACGUCUUUACAUUUCAUUUCGAAUAAUAAAAUUAUUAUAAGCGUAGCGAAUCCAAUCGCGAAUAUAUAUAUAUAUACAUAUAUAUAUACAUAUAUAUACAUAUAUAUAUACAUAUACAUAUAUAUAUGCAUAUAUAUAUAUACAUAUUAUAUAUGCAUAUUAUAUGUAUGUCGGUUCUUUGAAGUAGGAAUGAACCUACGCAACAUAAAUUAAGUGGGCAAACAGUAUGACUUUAUCUUUUUUUUUUUAUUUUUUUUCUUUCUUAUUUCUGUAUUUAUUAUUAAAAGAAAAAAAAAGAAAAAAAAAAGAAGCACGAUAUUUACUCUUUCGAGAUCUGAAGUUGAUAAACUGAUUUCUGAUGGUAUAUAUCGUUUUACGCGUGUAGGACUGUCGUUAUUGUAACAGAUUGUUCCGUAAAUUUUGUCAUAUGUUACAGAGCAUAUAUAUAUAUAUAGUAAGAUCUGUAUGCAUUAUGUUAUACGGAGAAUUUUCGAAAAGAGAAACUCACGGUUUGUAUACUUCUCAUUUUUGGGAGACACUACGAUUAGUUAGUAUCGCUGUGUAAAAUCAUUUAGUCCUAAGUGAUCUUUGUGUUUAUUAUUAUUAUUAUGAUUAUUAUUAAUAUUAUUAUUAUUAUUAUUAUUAUUAUUAUUAUUAUUAUUAUUAUUAUUAUUAUUAAUAUUAAUAUUGUUAUUAUUAUUAUUUCUUUUUUCUUUUUUUUUUCCAAUGCGUAAAUGUGAAUAUAGAUAUCAUCUUAUUUUUCCCCAUUAAACAGCGGUAUUGCAUAAUAUCUGUCUUUUAUCCGAAUCUUCCAUAAACCUAAAUGCAGGUCAUGUUUAGUUGUAUAUAAACAUAUACUGAUUAUAUGAGAGACUGAUAUUAAAAAAAAUCCUACACUUCGUUGUUUAAUUUGGUCGUUAUAUAGAACCGGAAAUAAAUUAUAUACAAAAGAUCGCGAUAUCAAGGUCUGGAGUGUGACAUGACUGUCAAGAGGGAGAUAUAUAGGAUAUACGACUUCCUUUCUAGAAAACGCAUAAAGGUAAUGCAAGUACCAAGAAGAAGAAUAUGUAUGUGUGUAUGAAAGAGAGAAAGAGAGAGAGAGAGCAAAUAGAUUGUAAUAGGCUUGAGGAUCGUAAAUAAAUAUCGAAAGUGAUGAUAAUGUUUGCACCUCACACAAUACAACAGUACGGCAUUGUUUAUAUCGAAAGAAAAAUAAAUAGUUUAUUCGUCUAAAA